AUCAGACUCUGCGAUUAACGACUGCCAAUUAAUCAACUUCUAACUCGUCUGCUGUACAGUAUCCCAUAAGACGACUCGGCUCGGCGCGUUCCCUCCUCUCCCUCUGAAGAUCAUGAUAUCUCAACACCCCUCAACGCCCGCUGUUCAUAAUCUUUAGGAACGUGGAACGCCGUUGCAGUGAGAUAAACGGACACUGGGCUGCAUCCGCCUGCAUAUGCAGCUUCUAAAACAUCCAUCGGUUAACGACUUCUAAGGUCUAGUUUACGACGAUCACUCGCCCUGGGCUCCACGUCUUCUUCUCUCUUUACUCCGCCGAGUUUCUUUUCUCCUUCUUGUUUUUGAUAAGCCACGAUAAUCAUUCAUGCACCUCCAUAAGUCUGGGGGUCAAAGAAAAAACAGCUGAGUCUUGAGUCUCGGGAAUCCCGGCCAAGGGAGGCAGAGAAGUGCUCGUGGCCAUGGACUUGGACUCAGAAAAAGCAAUUCACGGUCAUCUUCACGCCCCCACCUCGGGCAUGUGCCAGCUUCCUCCAGGAUCGUUGCCUGCGUGAAUCUUCGACUGGGUCCUAGAUCGGUCCCGAAGCCAAGUCUGGUCAGUGAUGCAGAUGCAUAAUGCCGUUGCUAUCCCUUGAGCUGAUCCUCCCAGCCAUUGAUACAAGUGGAACAACGCUCACUCUUGAGUCGUACUCGUCUAUCAGCUCGGUGGAUCGGCUUCAAUCCUGUUCUUGCAAAGGGGCUUUCUGCUUGUCUCGCUCCCGAGGGCUUGUUUCAGCGUUGCUUCUUCGCGUUGUCGUCUCUUCCCUCCCAGCGAUCAUUUGGUUCCGUUGGGCCGGAUUUUCGCGGAUCUGCCGUACGUCAAGACAGAUGUUUGGUAUGAUCUCCUGCCAAGCAAUGAUAGGUCGUGUGUGUGUAGGUCUCAGACAGUGGCAUAGCUCGAUAUAACGAUGGAGCUGCAGGCACGAGAUAAUGGCAUUGCAUUUGUGGUUCACUUUGGACGCCAGGUAUCCCAAUGGGGCGAAGGGAUUGCUUCAUUCAGUUUGGGUCUGGCUUUCAGCCUCGAUCAGGUUCCAUUGAGGCUUGAUGGCGAUCUCAAAGGGGCAAUCUGGGGUCGCGUGAUGGCCGUUGAGUUCUGGAGUUUGGUGUUACACGAGUGACGAUCUCAAGGGAGUGAGUCUCUACAGUUGGCGUAGAGAUGAGGCCCGACACAUAGCAAUAGUUUAUCGAGUUCACACUCCUCCCCUUGUUCGUUCAGCCACAUCGUCAAUGAGCCAAAAGUGAGUGAAACCUGAUUAGAAUGCGAUGUCUUUUCUGACGUCGUCGACGAUCUACCGACA